UCAGGCGGUUCGCUUCAAAGAAUUUUCUUGACCUCGAUGCUUUUCCAUGUGAUGGCAUCGUUCCAACUCUUCGUGUCGUUCCAAAUGGCGGGAUAGCUUGGCAGCCUCAAAUCGAAGGUCAAGGUUCAGCGCGUCACAUGUUUGUGACUUGAUGUCUUUUACUUUCUCCGUUAAAGUUUUAAAAAGCAGGAGCUCCGCUCACGAAGCCCGUGACGGCGUUCCAAUACAGAACCACGCGAGCUAUGAAGCCAGCCCGAGGGCGCAGCAGUCAUCUUUAAACGUCUGCGGGCAUCACUCGCGCGCGAUUACGCCGCCGACCGGAUCGUUACGGCCCAACCGGCCCUCGCGACACGACCGUGCCCCGGGGCGCUCGUAAGCUGCGAGCGCGAAAGCCAAGCGUCAGCGCGAAGGCAGGCGUGUGGCGGCCGGCUCACUUUGCAGAGAGACUGGCGGAGAGAGCGUUGUGCCAGUCGGCAGCAAAAUGAGCCCACAAGUCGACGGUUUACCACCGAAGCCUGCUGUGGAACCAAAGAGCGCCUGCGCACAGGUUGAGAAGCCACCAUCCCCGAAAUCCAUAGGACAGUUAGUGCGCCGCUGGAAGUGCCCAGGCCAACUUCCCCGGCAUGGCCCUGACAGCGUCCACAGCUGGACCGUGGCAGGUUGCUGUGCCAUGGCAUGUUUCUGCUCUAUGGCUGGGAGGCGUUCGUCUGGAUUUCUGCUUGUGGCCUUCCUGGACACCUUCCAAGUGAACAGGAGUGAGGCAUCGUGGCCCGUCAUGCUUCUCAGCGCCCUCCUCUGUCUGUCGGGGCUUGUUGGAGGACCCCUGGCACACAGAUUCACCGCACGGCCAGUCUUGAUUGCGGGUUCGGCACUGUCGAGCAUCGGCGCAAUGCUGAGCUUUUUCGCCACGGACAUUGACAUCAUGAAAAUAACAAUUGGCGUCAUACACGCUAUCGGAGCGGGCAUGGUGUUCGUCGCCUCUCCAACCAUCAUCAGCGAGCACUUCGUCAAGCACAAGGGCCUGGCCACAGGCGUAUACUUCUUGGGUGCCACCUUGGCCGCGUUCGUCUUCCCGAAGUUGCUCGAGUACCUCUACGCCAAGUACGGCCUGCACGGCACCCUUUUGAUCUUCGGGGGAGUGCUGAUGAACGGACUCGCGUUCAGCCUGUUCCCUCGCACCCCAGAGUGGAGGAGGUCCGCUUCACUCGGCGCCGAGCAAUCGUCCUCGGAGAACGAAAAGCACGGCACCUGGCGUCACGGAGUGAGCGUCUUCAAAUCACCCAUUCUGUACCUCUUCAUGUACAGCUUCAUCGUUCAGAGCUUCGGCUACGAGUGCUACAUUGCGCUUUUCAUCGACUUUGCUGUGGACCGAGGCGCUACCCUUUCCACAGCAGUGACAGUGUACGCCAUGGGAGCGAUCGCGGAGGCCUUCGCGCGGCUCCUGCUUCCAGCCGCAGUGGACCGCGGACUGCUCUCCAACAAGGCUCUCAUGGUGAUCGUCUUCGCCGGCCAGGGUUUAAUACUUCUCGUACUGCCCUUCUUGUACAUUCACGGGCUCAUCUUCGCCGCUUCUGUGGGCACAGCCUGCACAAUUGGCGCUGGCAUGAUCGUGAUUCCUGUUACGGUAGCCUGCUACUUUGGAGUAGAACGGAUGUCAAUGUCGUACGGUAUCAUCGUCGCAUCAGCGGGGAUGUUCUCAUUUGGAAAGCCGACAGUCAUAGGCUACUUCAGGGACAGAAGAGGUGCCUACGACAUUCUCUUUCUCAUCUGUGGAUCCCUUACAGUGGUGGCUGCUCUUAUGUGGAGCCUUGUUUUCUUGCUAGAAGCAAGACAAGAAAGAAAGAAGGCGUCCCAGCAGUGUGCGUCAGCCGAGAAUGGAGUCGAAAUUACACAUAUGUGAAGCUCAAUUAAUGUCACUCUAUUAACACCCGCCAAGGAUACUCCAGCGUAGCGUGGCGGUGACACCACCACCAUCGCCAUCACCACCAAACACCAUUACCACAAUUUUCUUCUCAAAGCCUAAACAUAAAAAACUCAACUACGCCCUAACGAAUAUGUUUUUACAGUUUCCAAAAAAAAGUUUUCAAAAGAAGAUCGUUUUCUGUUACGAGUUUCUAAAUGAAUAUAGCUCUGCAAAAUCAGCUGCCAUAGAAAAGGUACGACUGCCAAUAGAAUUGAACGUCUUACAUGAGAACUGUGAUGGCCACGUAACGCUUUCAUUCAUUACCGAGCAAAGGGAACACACCCAACCCUGCUGUAAAGGAUGGCGACGCGAGGCAGGAAGGUUGAGAGCAGACACAUGCGAAAACAUCCGGUCCCGUUGGAAACGAAUACGGCUGCCAUGAUGUGUGGUCUUCGGGCCUCUAGCGUUUGAAUGGGCGCUACACCUCCUUCUGGCUCUGGUCACGUCGACGAUGUGUACAGCGGUUGGGCAGUCACAUUGUUAACAAUAAUCAGUUUUAUGUGCCCCUGCAUUCCGCGAUGUCCAGCACGUGUUGCCAAUUUGCCGGUGCACGCUUCGGAGAAUGCUGCGGCGAAGAUAGCGGACACGUUCUUCGUCAUACGAAGCGAGGGGCAACAUUUUGGGCAGGGGCCCAUUCUUUCCUUUUUUUUCGGUCAAUGUUCUAGACAAUGAGGGUAGAGUAAUGUCCAUGUAUAUACCUGGUCCCACUUUACCCAAUCAGGUCGCCGGCCUGUUGUGAUUCUUGCGAGGUGGUUUCGGGAGAGAAAACAACGUUUAAGACCGAGCUCCUGACCCCUUACGAGUGUUCUGGACGUAGGAGCACAGAUCUGCACUGUUAGCUAUGCAAAAUUUAAUGUGUAUGUUCCAAAGCCAUUCAGUGCCUGCAAAUACUUUGUAUAUAACGCCUGGUUUAUUUCUUUGUAUAAGUGUGUGUGGCGUCCCAUCUCUCAUGAUGGUAAAAAGCAAGGAAGGCAGCGGUAGCAAUUGAAGACAACACCAGUUUCUGCGUGAAUUAAGCGGGCUAUGUCGGCUUGAAAACAACUGUCAGGGGCGAAGAAACUUUAGUCAUGCACACGCUGCCGAUCUCGCGCACGUGCACUCUUACCUCGCGUUAAACGAUAGCUCGUGUCAUCGUGUAAUGUCUUUCAAUGUGCUUGCUCCUCUAGUUAUGCUCUGGCGCUGCAGUGACUGAACCUCUUAAUCGCCAUGUGCACAAAGUUCCUUUAGGCGCACUGUGCAUAUGUUAGCCUGCAUGCUUGUCUAUGCGCAGAUAUAGACUAUGUGGACAGUUAGGCCUUGCUGCUAUCUGUUAGUCAAAAGCGUUUGUCAAACACAUCGUUCAGACGGAAACAAAUUAAACAGGUAUUCACUUUCAAUGGAACUGAAGAAGCUCCACUUAAAACAGCCUCUGCACACACCCCGCGUCGCACGGCUCGCAAGCCGCGCUGAUAUCUGGCACGGGGGUCGGCGCAUACAAGUGCGCACAUCUUAUCACCAGCUAUCGUCCCGACACGUGGCCUCGACGAAAAACCUGCAAGUGUUAUAACACAAGGAUAACACAGUCGACAUACAUUGAAAUGUAUCCGGCCAAAAGCUAGUGGAAGAGACCACGAGGUCAUAGGUUGCUGAGUUGAUGUAAUGUCGUUAUUUUCCUCUUUUUGGCGAAGUUUGUGCCAUUUACUUUCCCACAUUUAUUGUUGCGCUUCAUGCUGUAGAUUAUUUUUCUGUGUUUUACUUCCGUUCGCGAUUGCAGUACUUACACAAUUGUUAAAGUGUAUACUUUGUAGUUCUAGUAUUGCAGUACGUAUUCUAGUUGCAUAUCUGCCAAUUCUCCCGAAUUUUUCGUCAAGGUCACCCAACUGAAGCUGCUUGUACGAUUUUACGAAUGUUGCGUGAAGUUGUAUGAAAACUAACUUUGUUUCGCCUAAAGGCUUUAAAGGUGUUGAGAGAACGUGGCGGAACAAAAUUGCAAAAAAUCUACGCGGGAAAUAUACUCUGAUGGUACCUGCGUCGAAUUCCAUUCAGAGAUGUUCCUGCAGGCCAAAUUGUCAGCAACAGCAGCAGAGUUGCUGACAGAACCAGUAAAAAAUGUGAGCACCUGCUGUUGCAAGCUUGCUGUUGCGCUGGUUCUUAAGGUAAAUAAACGUUGAUCAAGUAUGUGUGCAUUCUCUAAAAUGAGGCGAGCUCAGAGCAAACCUAAAUGCGUGUUACACGAUAAAUGAUACUCACUUAAAGGGACACUAAAGGUUACAUGAAAGUCAAGUUAAAGUGAUAAAGCAAUGCUCUAGAACGGCAAAGGCGUCAAUAUAAUCGCGAACAGAGCUUUAGUAACCGAUAAAUUGAGGUAAAUGCACGACACGAUUUGAGACCCCCCAGCGACAUUCCGGUACUAGCCCGAUGACGAAAGCACUCCUCAUCAUAAUUUAUGUCACUAGUACUCAACUACUCGUAUUAAAAAGAUAAUUUCAUUAGAUUAUAAGACGGAAGAAAAUGCUACUUGUCUACUUCUAUUCGAUUUUAAGGAAAAGAAAUAACAUUUUGACGUUACCCUUGAGUAGUAUGGGGGAUCCAAAGGUUUCGUUUUCGCUCGACUCUGCGCGCUCGACUUUGCGCCGCGCGCGCUUUGGAGUUUCAGUUGUUUCUUUAUCGCGUCGUGCUGCGGUGGUCCUGCUGGCUCGCGAAACUUACAUUUGGAACAAGCAGCGAGAAUGCCAAGUCCAUGUGAUGUUGUGGGAUGCGCGAACGGUCCGCGGAACUUGGCCAAGGGCAGAUGCAGCGGUGAAUCCAACGUUACUUAUCACUGUGUGCCAACGAGUGAACCUCUCCGUUCGAAGUGGUUAAGUGCCAUACCUCUGCCACAGCGCGCUGGUAAAAAGCUGAAAAAUCACGUAGUGUGCUCGCUGCACUUUCGUCCAGAGGAUUACGAGUUCAACGCCGACUUACUGAAGUCGCGUGAACUGCCUUUCAAAGCAGGCCGUCGUCGUAGUAGUACGCAAUGACGCCGGCAGCGCGAGCCCUCAACAGCAGGUCACGUUCAUCAGUGCUUAAAUCGCUGAACUCGAGCCCAGCAUCGCGAGCUAAUGUGUCGUUGCCAGGGUCAUCCAUUGCAACGAGCGUCGAAGUUGGCGUCAUAAAAUAAAGAACCAGCUUAUCGUCGUGCGCUUUCCCUUCCGCUAGCCACCAUAGUUCCGCUUUCGCGCUGCUGUCGGCUCUGUCUUGGCUCUGUUUCUGGCCGUAGCGCCUUCUGCGGGAGCCGUUUUACUAACCGACGGCGCAACGUCACUAAGAGACCAUGACGUCAAUACUCCUCGAUCGGAGGGCGGGUGAUUUGAACUGCGCUAGAGGUACGCGGACGCUUCAGAACGCAUUUUUUCUUAAAAUAAGUCUCUUCUUCGCACGAAACAAGCGUUUCGAGGUUUCUGGGAUGGUAUUUCAACAGUCCACGUUGACUUAAUAUUAACCUUUAGUGUCCCUUUAAUGUACCGACGACGCCUUGACCAAUGGAAGCACGUGUGCUGCUGUGUCUGACAAUGCUGUGCCUUACAGCACUGCUGGUGAACCAAUGUGCAUUUUCAGUUUAAGUGAGUGUGUACAUAUAUGUAUACAAAAAAGAUGUGUAUAUGAAUAUGUAUAUAGAAAUAAAGAUAGAACGUUGGGCGUUCUAAACUUGUUCA